AUGCUGCUGGUAGAUCUUUCCGAUAAAGACGGCAUCGUCGUGUUGGAGUUUCGCGCCGGCUUGCUGCCUGACCCUGUGUGUGAUGUAAGCAGCUGCGUAUCUGUGAUUGCUCAAUCCCCGAUUUCAUGUGCCAUCGCGAUAGUCUCCUUUGGAAAGCCUUGCAUUGACGCAGCGAGCAGGUCAGAUAAUCUGGCCAUUGACUUCGGUCAAUUAAGCCAGUUAUUGGGUCCCAUCUUCAGCCAGGCUUUCUUUCAAGAUUGCAUCGUGCGCGGAGCUCCGACAUGCUCAUCCAGAGGGUCUUGUCCGAUAGCCAUAGAACAGUGUAAAGAGGACGCUGAGGGACUCAGAUCGGAAGCGGCCCAAGAUGACGCUGGUGAAAGAUGA